UGCAUCUCACGCACGGCAACUCUUUUUCCUUUUUUCUCCCUCUCGUCGUCGUUCGUCGUGUGCAUUUCCAUUACUUCGUGAUUUGCCCGAACAUUUUCGCUACGGCCCACCCUUUUCUUUUCAAGAAGACACUUUUGAAAGACUUGCCAUGGCUCACUCUGCUGUUUGGUUCUCUCACCCCCGCAAGUACGGAAAGGGAUCUCGUCAAUGCCGCGUCUGCGCUCACCAGGCCGGUUUGAUUCGUAAAUACAACCUCAACAUUUGCCGUCAAUGCUUCCGCGAGUACUCUCAGGACAUUGGAUUCAUCAAGUACCGUUAAGCCUUUACGGAUGUGGUGUGGUACCCCCUUUUGUUGUUGUUGGGCCGUAGCGGGGGGUUAGUGGACUUUUAAUAGUACACUUGGUUUUUUACGUCCAA